AUGGACAAUGGAAACCCUAAGAAUCCAAAUGUAAUACCAUCCAAAACAAUAUUUCUAUAUUUCCAACUCACUGCACACCAGUUAAACAUUUUCCAACCAAACAUCUCUGGUACUCAUACCUCAGAUAUAUUGUGUGGUACUGAAAAGAGAUUUAUUAAUACUCCUGAUCCAAAGGAAACUCCAGAAAUUGUGAAAAAAACUAUUGAAAUACUUCCACACACUGAUGGUAAUAUUUUAAAAUCCGAAUUGUAUAAAAUAUGUAAUGUCAACAGGGAAAAAGUAAUGAAGAUUCGUAAUGGAGAGGGAGCUCUUGUACCAAUAUCUUUCUUAGCUGAUCCAAAUGUACCUGACAGAUACUUCCAAAUAGACAUCACAAACAUUUCCUAUGUUGACAGACCCGCAGCUAGCCUCUUACAAGAUGCUUAUGUUGAUGCUGUUCAACAAAAGAUAAGAACUUUGGAAUCAAGAAUAGCUCAAUCUGAAUUGCUCUUGCCUCAGCUAGAAUGGCGUAGACAGGCUUACAUGGAAGAUACUGUGAAUGGAUUGAUGUAUAAAGUUGGAUUUUUAAAUAGAAGAUUUGAUGAGCUGUUGCCCCAGUUCAGUGCAAAACAUCCAGAAACCAUGGCUUAAUGGGACCAAAAUGUUUCAAAUGCAUGAUUUCUAAUUCUGCAUGGUAAACACUAAACUAGUCAUAAUAAUUGUUGGAAAGAUUCAUAUACUUGUUUUAUCAAUUUUAUAUUUGUUUGGAAAAAUAUUUGUUUGGUAUAAUACUUGAAAACAAAAGAAUCUGAAAUAUAAUCAGCAAUUCCAUAGCUCACAUACAUAUCGUAAAAAGAUUUCCAAUGAAAUAUUUAUAAUAUAGGGUCAAAUAUAUAUCAAAGAUAUCAGAGCCUAUGAAACAAAGUUAGAAUAUACCUAUUUGUGCGCCAAUGUUAACAAUAACUGGGAUAUGAGUAAAGAAAUAAUAAUACGCAUAGUGAAUGAAUUAAUGAAAAAGAACACAUAAAUAACGAAAACAUUAAAAAUUCAAAAGUUAAAAUAUUUCGGCUGUAUAAUGUCCUAAUAAUACAGGGUAAGAUCGUCGGAAAAAGGGGCCCAGCCGGAAGAAGACUUAUUGCCAAUAUGAACGUUCAAUAAUCAGUAGUUAGUAUAUCUUGUAUUAUAUGUCUAUGCUACUAUCUUUCUUAAAUAAAUAAGGGUUGAGAUCUGGAAGAUCAUGCACAAAUGGUCUCAUAUACCAGAUAACAAAAAUUCAUUAAAAUAAUUAGUAGGUAUUUGAGUUUUAUACAUUUCAAAAAAGUUUCAAUAACCUUCAAAUAAAAAAUUAAGUUAUUGAGAUAAUUAGGAAAGCAGUUAUAUGUAUUAAAAUGUCUAGUUAUGCCAAUAUUGACGAGAGUAAGACGAGAGUCACAAUAAUUUCCAAAAAAAAAUAGACGUUGAGUAAUAGGGAAAGAAUAAAUAAG